AGAUGGUCACGUGGGUUACGCACAUUCACUCCGCGGCCGAGCCGGCACUCUGCGCCGUCCCCUGCCGCCGCGCCCCGAGCGAGCUGGGCCCUUGAUGGCGCGGGUCGGCGGCCGGAGGCGCAGCUGACGGCAGGCGCGCGGCACCAAGGAGAGCCCGAGCCGGCCCUUCCCGCCCACCUCCGCCGGCAAACUCUGUGCCCCUAAAUCCUGGGCCCUCUGCGGGAAUGUUCAAAAAUGAGUACCAGGGAGGUGCAUUUGUUGAAAUCUUUAGUGCUCAGGGGAAAAAUCCUGGAGCAAAAUGGAAGAUCUUUGGCAGUCCAUCUGUGAUUUGGAAAGAGUUUGAUAAAGAAGUUAAAAGUUUUGUAUUUAUCCUGGAAGGCAGCAGCCAGACCAACAGAAUUCAGUUACCAAAGGAGAAUAAGCAAAUGCUUGGACUGAUCCAGAGGUUUCUUGUACUUCAGAUUUACAUACCCCUGGGACAGGACUUCUCCACUGAAUUACUAAUUACUGAUUUAGGAAACAUCAAAAGAAGAUUGUAUUUAUCAACAGUCCAUAAGGAAGUGUCCUCAACCCCUCUUCACGCAAAAAUCCCACUCUUCAUGAUCAAGCGUAAAAUUUGGUGCAAUCUGUGCAUUGACUUGGUCGCAUUCACCAGUGAGAUAUUCAAGGGAGCAGUUUUCCAGUCAUUGGACGGAAUUAUCGUCUCUGCUAACUGUAAGCUUCGGAAGAUCUUCACUUUAAAAUCAAAGCCUCGAGAAACUGCUGAUAAAGAUGAUGAACCUACAGACAUGAUUCCACGAAUCUGUCAACUUGCAACAGAUGUUCCUCAUGUCACACAGCUGCUAAACAUGACAAAAGUCUGCCAAACUGAAAUAAAAUUUGGAGGUCAUCAUCUAAGAUCAGCAGAAUCAGACCAGUUCAUCAACAGAGGGGGAGGCAGCAUCCGGAACAGUAAAAGUCAAGAUGUUUGCCAUAUUGCCUUCGGGUCCAGGGUCCUUGGACCACCUCCACUCUCUGGCAGACGUAAUAACCUGAGGCUCUCCAGUGAGACAGUAAGAUCCAUUGGGUACAAAAAUAGCCAAUUGUGCCAACAGCCUACAGCAGAGAAGCAUGUUAACACUGCAAAAGUGUCAGCCUUGCUCAUACCUGAGCCUGAGCAGCAGGGAGAGAAAGGAAAUAGUCCUCAAGUGAAGCAGACAGCACCUGUUCCAGGUAGUACCUGGGAAAGUAACAGGAAUGAACAGGAAGUGGCCAUCACCCUCAACAGCAUCAUUCAGCCAAGGACAGAGCCAGUAAGUUCCAGCACUCCAGAACCCCAGGCUCCUGACCAACCAGAUGAGUGGAUAUUUCCUGAAAGUGCUGCUCUGACUUCUGACCCAGCAUGUGGCAGUCCAUCUUCGCUCCUAGAUGGGGACUCAUGCACUGUUUCAAACCUUCGGCUAGAAACCAGCAAGGACCAUGAACCUGACCAGGCAGAGGAAACCCAGAUGGCUCCCAAGGACAUUUUCACCUUUUCAUCUAGACCAAGAUCAGCACCUCAUGGGAAGAGUCAUGAUAUGUCCCCAAAGGGGUAUCCAUUUAUUCUGGACCCAAGAGAGGACAACAGUGUGACAAGGAGAGACACCCAUUUGGAAGACGACUUUUAUGGCACUGACAGCAGUGAAGAGGAAUACUACUGGAGGAACUACCAGCCCAGCCAGAUGAGCGAAUGUGAGCUGCAGAUGCUAGCCAGCCUCCGUCGGCAGCAGAAUGAAGACCUGGAAGACAGGGGGGCUCCUCAUGGCCUGAGUGCAUCCCAGGUGGACAACUGUAAUGUUAGCAUCAGUACCAGCAGUGAUGAUACAACCACAUGGAACUCUUGUCUGCCACCUCCUGUCAACCAAGGACGUCACUAUCAAAAAGAAAUGAAUCCACCUUCUCCAUCAAAUCCUCGAGACUGGUUGAACAUGCUGAGCCCACCAAUUGUCCCUCCCAGUCAGCAGCCAGUGGAGCAGCCUCUGGAGUCCUCUACAAGUGCGAGUGUACAAGGUGAAGAGGACCUGAGUGCAGAAGAAGAUGAGGAAAUGCUUACUCUGUUGUAUGAUCCAUGUCUCAACUGCUACUUUGACCCUCACACUGGGAAAUACUAUGAGUUGGUGUAGCUCCCGCCCCCAGGGCAGAAAGCAGCCACAGCGGAUGGAACAUGACAGCUGUGUGAUGUCCACAGUGGACACUGGAACCUGUGUAGAUGGGCCCAAGGAGUGCAAAGGACUGUGAAGAAGAAGUUCUUGGUAGAUAAUGUUCAAUGUUAAGAACACCUGCAUUCUCUUUGUAGCUGUGUGUGUGACUUGAAACUCGUGAAGGGAUUUAUACAGACACCGGAUUUCAGGUUUUGAAUUUGCUCUUAGUUCUUCAUUCCCAUCCUCUUAAGUCUCAUUAUGUUAUAUAAACAAAUUAGGAAUUACUUGUUCAAAUUUUCCAGUGUUAAUCUGUAAUAAAUGAUGGCUUGAUACACUUACAGAAAGUAUAUUCUUGUUUAAAAGAUGUCUGAAACCCUUUUUAUAGUUUGUUUGUAUUAAAAAUAAAGUA